CCCGGUUAGAUCCUUGCCAUCAAAGCAUACACACCAUGAGUGCUGCCGCCGCCCGUCGUCGCAAGCAACUAGCUGCUCGGGCUUCCGCGGAGAAUCAGGAUCUGGUCGCCCAGCAGCUGGAGAAAAUCCUGGCCCAAGAAGCCGACAUGGACGAAGCCACGGCGUACGAAGCGCUUCAGCUCGCGCAGUCACAGGUCCGCAAAAAGGUGAAUCGUGCGGAAUUCGCGUCCGCUUGCGAUUUGGCCUACAGCACGAGCUUGAAUCUCUUGAAAAAAAACCGCGUUUCCGUUGCCAGCCAGCUUUUGGCUUUGCUGGUGCAGGUUUUGCGUGAAACACACACCGAAGAGACGGAGACCUGGAUUGCGCGUUUGGUCGAGUUGCAAGAGGCUCACUCUCAGGCGAUGGAAGCGAGCAGCGGUAGUAUGCCAGAUCAGGAGGCCAACCGUUUGCAUCGCUUACAGUGUGACUGGUUGCGCGCGUGUGCUUCUUGGAGCUCGGACCUCGGCACCGUCAAGUACGGUCACAACCAACUGCAGCAAAUGCUCGGCGAACAGUGUUGGAAGCUUUCAUUGAUGGAAACGGACGAAGAAGAAGUCAUGGACUUGAAGUGUGAUGCUGUCCAGCAUAUGGUCUGCGCGGAACAGCCCAAUAUGAUUGUGACAUGGCUCGAAACCUUGCCAGCCCCAACGGAUGAAGAGACGGCUCAGGGACACACUUGUCCUCCGGCUCUUCGAGACGCACUCUUGACCCGAGCCUUGUUGCUCUGCUGUGCGCUCGAAAAUCUGCGGGAUGCUAACAUUCUCAUCAAGGCUUUCAUUGAGAAGGUUGAGAACCGCGACGUAAAGGAACUCUCCGCUUCCUACACCAACAAGGAAGACGGCAAGGCACCUUCCCACGUCAUUUUCGGCAGUAUGCUGUUGCGUGUUUGCGAAAAGGACAGCCGCACGGGACCGCUCUUUUCUUGGCUUUUGCGUUCCUUCAAACGCGAGUUGGAUCGUCUGCACAAGCCACAAGUCGCCUUGGGCUAUACUACAAAGAUCGGGAAAUCAUACUUCAACAUUCAGCCCCCGCCAUCGAUGCUCAAUAUGGUGGAGAAUAUGAUGGGAAUGAUGGGCGGAGGUGGUAUGGGUGGUGGCAUGAACCCGGCUAUGAUGCAGGCCGCCAUGGCACAGAUGCAACAAGGAGGAAUGAUGUAGGAACAAUAAGAGUUGUUUUAGCCAAACCCAAGCUUUUUCU